UUUCCUAAAAAUCACAAUGCUUUGUUUCAUCGUACUUCUCGUUCUCGGAAUCAGAUGCUCCGCCAAUUUUCAUGUUCCGAGCUUCAUUAUUCCGCACCCAAGUCCCGUUUUGAUCGUAGAGAAGCAGAUCACCUCUCUUGAAACAGCAGUGAGCUCCGGUGAUAAGAAAACCCUUCUCAAAAUAUUUGAUGUCACAAAAGGUGAUGAUCCGUACGCUGACAAACUUAUCGAAUCUAGCAAGACAAUCAAAAUUACGGUAACAAGUGCUCGAUACGUGUCCUACAACCGAAUUGAGGCGGAAUUGCAAAUCUCUGGAUCGAAAUCUAGAAAUGGAAAGUGGUAUUUGAAUAAGAGUUUUCUCAGUCCGACUAGCUGGAAAAUCGACGGGAUUCAACGGAAAAAGUCUCAAAAUUCUACGUGGCAAUGGUGUUAUAUUGGCCUGUUCAAAUGUUUUAUAGAUGUCGUUUCUGAAAUAAACUGACUCUCGGUUUAUUAAAUUUCAAAAUGCAAAGUGUA